UAUUACAGUUCAAUUAAGUAGGCGUUGGUGGAGACUUUACUUUAUUUAACACUAUAUAAAGAGUUGGAAAUAAACAAAUCAUUAUCAGUUUCAUUUUAGAAUUCAGCUGAAAUCUUCUAACUAAACACUCAAAGAUGUUCAAAUUUAUUGCUCUGUGCUUCUUGGCCAUUGUUGCCGCUGUUGCUGCUAAGCCAGCUAUUGUUGCUCCUUUGGCUUACUCAUCGCCAUUGGUUGCAUCACCCUAUACCGCUGCCUAUACUGCUGGAUACGCUUCACCUUAUGUAGCUGCAGCUUCACCUUAUGUCGCUUCUCCAUAUGCCGCCUACUCUGCCUACCCAUACGCUGCUGCUUCAUACUACGUUCGUUAAGAAUCAUGAAGUGACUUAAGUUUGAAGAAAA